AUGGCAGAACAUUUUCUCGAUCGAUAUGUUGAGAUUUUUCCUGAAUUCCUUGAAGAAGAUAUUUAUUUAGCUGGUGAAUCUUUUGGUGGUCAAUAUAUUCCUUAUAUUGCAAAAGCAAUUCUUGAAAAACGGUCAUUAUUGAAACUACGUGGUCUUCUUAUUGGAGAUGGAUGGAUUGAGCCGAUUUCUCUUUACAAUUCAUAUUUACCAUAUGCAAUUGCAAACAAUUUAGUCAAAAACGACUCCGAACUUUAUACUAAUAUUAUUCGUCUAAUUGCACUAUGUCAAGAUAUAUUAUCGAAACAAGUACAUAUUUUUGUUAAUCCAUGUUUUCCUAUUUUCGAUGAGAUAAUAUAUAAUGGUAUAAGCAGGGAAAAUAAUGGAGAAUGUAUCAAUGCCUAUGACAUACGAUUAAAUGCACAAAAACCGAUGUGUGGAUCGAAUGAGCCAUCUGAACUUGAAUAUGUUUCUGCUUAUUUAAAUCGAUCAGAUGUUAUGUCUACAUUUAAUUAUAAACCUUCUAUCGAUCUAUUGCCUGAUUUACUUGGUAAAAUGCCAAUCUUGAUCUAUAAUGGUGAAUAUGAUUUAGUUUGUAAUCAUUGGGCAACAGAGAACAUGUUCGAUAAUAUGACAUGGAGUGGUGAAUCUGAAUUCGAUUUAGGAAAUGGGAGAAUGGUUCCAAUCUAUGCAUGGAUCGCUGAUGGUGAAUCUGCAGUUUUUAUUGGCGCCAUUUGGCUAUUUAUUCUUAAAGAACAACAAUGUGUGAGGAUUACAUCAGUUCAUUGUCCUAAUCUAUUUCGAUCUAGGCAACAACCAGCAACUUAUUCACCUUUUAAAAUUAUGAAUGAUGAAUUUGUUACAUUCGAAGAUGAUGUUUUAGCAUAA